AUGCACCCAGUAUGCGAAGACAAAUUUCGUCAUCAGACGAGAAACUUGGAGUUAGAGGAGAACAGAAUUCAAAAGUUAUUGGCAUCCGAGUACUCUGAUUUCGCUGACGCAAUUCUCGUGGAAUCUCCGUUUGCCGAAACAGCCAGAAAUGGUCGUGGAAUUCGACAAGUUUCUCUUGGUCUCACGCCAUCCAAGUUAAUUGUGGCAGCUGACGUUUUCAGAGGAAACUCGCAAUUCUUCUGUCCACCGACAGUCGAUCCUAGCAUUGAAAGUUUCGAGCUUAUUUCUCUGUACCCUCUGCGAUGCGUUAGUUUGAGCGUGUUCAACAGAAGACGUCGCAAAACCUUAAAGGCAAGAUUCAUCGAUGGAAGAGUAAGCUAUUACGAACUCGGUGGAAUACACAGGAGAAACGUUCUCUGGAAAAAAUGGUGCGAGCAGGUGGAAAGUUUGCUCGCGAACAGGAUGAACGGAAGCUCGUUAUCGGAAACAACUGCUGCAAGUUCAGCGAGCAGUUCGACUUUAUACGUUCUUUCUUCGGAGAUCGAGAUUCGUAAAGAUAUCAGAAAGAAUGGAGAAAGAGCAACGUGCAGAGUAUGGACUCACUAUGGAGGCGCUGGUGAUUAUACACCCGCCACAUGGCGUCAAAAGGACUUAUACCUCGGACCGUCUUACACCGAGCUGGUAGGUGGCCAAUACACUCCUGUUCCCGUAAGAUUCGCUGGCGCCAGUUUGGAAGACAUUAAGGCCGAAUUAAAAGAUUUCUCUCCGAGUCAGGUCGAUAAAGGCUGUCGCAGUUGGCCUACGUGUCGCUGUUUCAAAGAGAAACACAAGAGCGAUGGUCUUUGCGAUGUGAUCUUCGUCAGAGACCACAGUCGCAAACAUUACAAUACGACGAAAUUCUACGCGACCUGUCAAACUUGUCCUUUAAGAGAAAGAAUUUUUCGAGACAAAAUCAGCGAAAAGCGUCGGUACGACGGAGAAACGUUGGACGAAGCAAAAUGUAAAAAAUUGACGGGGAGGAUAUCUCGAUUUGGUUUCGGAGUUCCAGAGAAGUGUCACUCGGGGUUGGUUCUUGGUCCAAUCCACAGGGAACCAAAUAGCUUCUCAGUGAGAUUUGGUGUCAAACCUGUGUUCAAUAUUUACGUGCUCAUGGAAGAUGCCGUGAAAGUCUGGGAGGGCGAAGAAAGAGGUCAAAGCAAAUCCUCGAAACAUUUUAAACAUUUCAGAAGAUACGGCCUCUGCAGUGCGCCUCAUUUUCUUUACGCGUUUGGUCCCUGGUCAGUGCAAACUGGAGAAAGAACCACUCUUCAGGGUCGAAGAUCCUUCAGUCUGGUCACCAUUCGACGACAACCUGCUGACUCAGAAUUGAAGCUUCCUGUAUCACGUCGUCAAUUGGCAGCUAGCAUUUCGUAUGCUGAACUUCAGUAUGGCAGGUUUGGAUCGAUCGGUACUACUACUGCGAAGAGACGAGUUGUGUUGUUUUGGACACCGGAAUACUGGUAUCGUCCUAGACCUGCCUUUGCAGCUUACAGGGAGCUGAGACGACACUUGAACCAACUGAGAAAUUUCCGCCAAGAGAAGGAACGACCAUCGAAAAGGAAAUUGUUCUCUAGGAAAAAAAAGUGCCAAUGCGAAGAGGAUUCAGUCAUCAUCCCUGAAGAGAAGCCUAGCUUCCUAGAACGGAUUUUUUCGGGGAAUGGAUCUUGCAAGAGAAAGAAGAAAUUUGAAUACCAAGAAAAUAGCACUACUAUUCAGUUAAGAAGUUUAUUAAGAAUGGAUUUCAGAAUAACGAUUUGGGAUAUAAAUAGUGACACUCUAGCGAAGCAGCUGACGCUCAUCGAUCGCGACCUUUUCGUCCGAAUUCCUGCAGAGGAAAUUGAGAUCUUGGUCUUUCAAAGAAGCUCUAGAAAUGCUCCUAAUUUAGCAGCGUGGAUAGCAUUCAGUCAUCGAAUUUCAUGUCUGAUCGGCAGUGAAAUUUUGGGCGUGAAAAAGUUAGCUAUGAGAGGUAGAAUUGUCGCGAGGCUAGUAAACGCUGCCAGAAAGUGUUUCGCCAUGAGGAAUUUCCAUUCGUGUAGAUCGAUCUUGGCAGGAUUGCAGUCGCCUCCGAUUUUCAGGUUACGAACUACUUGGGAUUAUUUGCGUAUUCAUCAUGCUAAUAGAUAUGAAAUUAUGGAGAGAUUUUGCAAGAUUUACAAGAAUCCAUGUACUUUGACGUACCGACGAGCUUGGGCUAAAGUUGAAAAAUAUCCACCUUGUAUGCCACACGUGGCUGACCUUCUGUUGAGAGUUUUGCAUCUAAAUAAUCUGGAAUAUCAUCAAGAUAAUAAUGUUAUCCACAAAAAUGAUAGGACAAAUCCUUCAAACAAUUUAACUGCAAAAUUCAUUAACGUAAAUAAGGAUAUAUCGUUGAAAAGUGAUCCGGACUCGGAACAAAAGCAAAGCUCUGGCAAAAGUUUCCUUAAUUCCUUUUUAACCAAGAUAAGAUACAAAAAGGAUCAAAAAACAAUUUACGAGGAAAAGACGGAUUUAACAUGGACGACGAGGAAACAGGAUUUAGCGUGGAAAUACUUCUAUCGUUGGUACAACGCUAUUUUAAAGAAUAAAAUUCGUAACAAAGAAGAAGAAAGAUUAAGGGAUAUGGAUCCAAGGAUGAAACGUGUUCUCGAAGUCGCGACCUGGCUAGCAGAUUGUCAGAAACGAGCUCAAGGAUACGAGUUCCCGGUACAUUCGUUCACGAAAGAAUUUUUAUUGAAGACUCGAUAUAGGGAGGAUCGGGAAAACUUUUUUAUUAGUCUGAAAUUAGAACCGGCGAUGAUAACUUGA